AUGAGAGAAAUAAUUCGCAAUAUUUAUUAUUAUUAUCCUGAUUUUGUCGAAAAUUUUUUGAUGAUCAAAAAAAAACAUGGAAAGCCGGCAGUGUCUUCUUCAUCAAAGAAUACAAUAAGUGUGCAUUUAACAUUUUACUUGAAGACAAUGGGAGAUUCUUUUAUUGGAAAGCUAAUACUUUUCCCACUGCUGAAAAUGCAAAAUCCAUCGGAUUGGCGAAUACCGAAAUGUGACACGGCUGGAUGCAAAGGAUGGUAUUGUAAAAACGAUGAACACAGCCGAAACAUUCAAAUUGCCUUCAAAACUCGUUAUGACUGA